UGAACAUAUGACUGACCAGUUUGUCACUUUCCUUUGAUUCACUACUAGAAAAUUAUGCACUGCUGAAAAUAUACUGUACAUUAUACACAAGAGCACAGUUAACACCCUCUUGAGUCAUGGUAUUGUUCAUUCUUUUUGUCAUAAUAUGAACUGUAAUUUCAUUAAUAUCUUCAAGUUUGUUCUAGAUUUCAACACGAAGAAUGUCACCGAAGUUAACAUGUUUGUACUGAAGGGCUUCACAGACAAUCUUGAACUACAGAUCAUCUUCUUCCUCCUGUUUCUAGCAAUCUACGUCUUAACUGUCAUGGGAAAUUUAGGACUGAUUGUACUGGUCACUGGGUAUUCCCAGCUCCACAACCCCAUGUACUAUUUUCUUAGUGUUUUAUCGUUCUUGGAUGCCUGCUAUUCCACAGUUGUCACUCCAAAAAUGUUGGUCAAUUUUCUGGUAAAAAAUAAGUCCAUUUCAUUUAUUGGAUGUGCAGCACAGAUGCUUCUCUUUAUUACUUUUGGAACCACAGAAUGCUUUCUCUUGGCUGCAAUGGCUUAUGAUCGCUAUGUAGCCAUCUACAACCCGCUCCUGUAUUCAGUGAACAUGUCACCCAGAGUCUACCUGCCACUCAUCACUGCUUCCUACAUUGCUGGCAUUCUGCAUGCUACUAUACAUACGGUGGCUACAUUUAGCCUGUCCUUCUGUGGAUCCAAUGAAAUUCAGCAUGUCUUCUGUGAUAUCCCUCCUCUCCUGGCUAUUUCUUGUUGUGACACUCACACAAACCAGCUUCUACUCUUCUGCUUCGUGGGCUCUAUUGAGAUAGUCACUAUCCUGAUUGUCCUGAUCUCCUAUUUUUUCAUUCUAUUGGCCAUUCUGAAGAUGCAUUCCGCUGAAGGGAGGAGGAAAGUCUUCUCCACCUGUGGGGCUCACCUAACUGGAGUGUCAAUUUAUCAUGGGACAAUCCUCUUCAUGUAUGUGAGACCAAGUUCCAGCUAUGUUUUGGAGCAUGACAUGAUAGUGUCGAUAUUUUACACCAUUGUGAUUCCCAUGCUGAAUCCCAUCAUCUACAGUUUGAGGAACAAAGAUGUAAAAGAGGCAAUAAAAAAAAUGUUUGGAAAAAAUCAGGAUAUCAAUAAAGUAUACUUUCAAACUGAAAAAUAGAUUUAAAAAAGUUAAGAGUGAUACUCUGUACCUCAGUACCAAGAGCUUGUCAUUGUGGUGUUAUGCUGGCUUGCAUCCAG